AUGGAGACUUCACAACAACAAAAGAUUUACAACUUCUCAGCUGGUCCAUGUAUCUUACCUCAAGAGGUACUAAAGCAAGCUCAAGAUGAGAUGAUGAACUGGCACGGAUCAGGCGUCUCAGUCAUGGAAAUGAGUCACAGAUCUAAGGAGUUCAUUUCAAUCGCAGAGCAAGCAGAGAAGGACUUCAGAGAACUCCUUAAUGUCCCAAAAAAUUACCAAGUCUUCUUCUUCCAAGGUGGCGCAAGCAUGUAGUUCUCAGCUAUCCCCUACAACAUUCUCGGAGACAAGACCAAGGUCAACUACAUCACAACUGGUUCAUGGUCAGAGCAAGCUCAGAAAGAGGCAAAGAAAUUAGCUCAAACUGUCGAGGCCUGGUAAGAUCACGCAAGCAAGUUCACCACUGUUCCCAAUCCCGAAACCUGGAACAUUGACAAGGAGUGCGCAUACUUCCACUACUGCGACAAUGAAACCAUUCACGGAGUUGAGUUCAACGACUUCCCAUUCGAGAAGGUAGAGGGAAUGACUCUCGUUUCAGAUAUGAGUUCAAACAUCGGAACAAGACCAAUUGACUGGGAAAAAUAUGGAGUAGUUUAUGCUGGAGCUCAAAAGAAUCUCGGACCUGCUGGAGUAUGCAUAGUUGUAGUCAGAGAAGACUUGAUUGGAAAGCAAAGACCUGAUACCCCAAUUCUCUUCGACUGGAAGGUUUUCAGAGAUGCACCAACCAAGUUCCACAACACUCCUGCUUGCUACCCCAUUUAUGUGACUGGACUCAACCUUGCUCACAUGAAGAGCUAAGGACUCCAACACUAUCAAGAUUUAGCUAACAAGAGAGCUUCAGCUCUUUAUGACUACAUUGAUGCAUCAGAGGGAUACUAUACUAACCCAGUUGAGCCAAAAUACAGAAGCAGAACAAAUAUUCCAUUCAGAGUAAAGAAAGAUGAGAAACUUGAAACCAAAUUCUUGGCUGAGGCUCAAAAAGUUGGUUUGAUUGAGUUGAAGGGUCACAGAUCAGUAGGAGGCUGCAGAGCAUCAUGCUACAAUGCCAUGCCAUUUGAAGGAGUUGAGGCCCUCAUUGAGUUCAUGAAGAAAUUCAGAGAGGAAAACCCUUGA